AUGUCCAGUUCCAAGUCCAACUCGCAGAUUCACAAAGUCGCGCAUCCGCUCUUAUCCACCCAUCUAGCCAAUCUAAGACUGGCCACCACUUCGCCCAAACAGUUUAGGGAGUUGGUCAGGAACAUCACUACGGUGCUUGUUGUAGAAGCUACGAAGGAUUUGGGCGUUCAUCAAGUUCAGGGCGAAGGACCUUUGGCCAAGUUCGAAGGGGAAGAGAUUUCUGUGAGUUGCGCAAAGCAGCGAAGCGGGAGAGGACAGGUGUGUGCGGGGCAUAAGGGGAGAGUUGGGGCGCAAGAUGUAGUGAGACGUGGGGAACGAUGCACCUUGGCAUAUCGUGUCCGGUGCAGGGCUUCGUCUGCGGCACCUUGCGUGAUGCUGCAAGAAAUCAGAUAGGACCUCAGCUGCGCAAAAGUCCCCAAAUCGCUCAGCUAGGUGCAUGUAUGCGCAUUGCUCACCAGACGGUCUGCGUUCCUUAACCUACGCUGCGAUGGGCAGGGGCGCAUCGGCUUGGUUCCGAUCCUAAGAGCCGGCCUGGGCAUGGUUGAUGGUGAGCAAAGGUAAAGCAAAGCGAUCAAAUUUUCGUCGGUGGCUGAAUCACGGGAUCCGCUUCCUCCUUGCGACAGCUGCGCUGGCUCUGUUGCCCGAAAACACAUCAGUCCAGCACAUUGGUCUUUUCAGGGAGAAACUUAGCUUGCAGCCAGUCGAGUAUUACUCCAAGGUGAUUCAUUUUGUUUCUAAUUGGCGCUCCUGCCAUCUACGCAAUAACGCUGAUCAUUCUCAUUUGGCCUCUCCUCUGUAGCUUCCCGAAACGCCAAAUGUGGACGAAGUGCUCAUCUUGGAUCCGCUUGUAGCGACGGGUGGGACAGCGAUAGCGAGUGUCAAGACUGCCCGCGGCUCGGCUGGGUCGUUCCCCUUGAGCAUUGCUUCUCAUGCUAAUGUCUGGCCCAUGUCCCACACCCGACCCCCAGGUCUGCGUCAAAAUGAUCACGGAUUGGGGCAUUCCCAUUUCAAAAAUCAGGUUCCUCUGCGUGCUUGGGUCCGAACAAGGUCUGAACAGCCUCGCCUCCGCUUGUCCUGGCCUGAACAUUUGGUGAGUGGCCACUUCGAUCAGGGUGCCGGCCGUAUUUCGCCGAGCGACGCUUCUGAUCCGGGCCAAUUUUCUCCUGCCUCGCUGUAGGGUGGGAGCCAUUGACCAGACGCUGAACGACAAGGGGCUCAUCAUACCUGGUCUGGGCGACACGGGCGAUAGGUUGCAUGCGACUCAAUGA